UUAAUGACACGCUUGUGCAACGUUGUAGUCUAAUAGUUAUUUACUCUUUUUUGGAAUUGCUGCCAAUGCUCUCACAAAAUUUAUAACGAAAAAUUUCCCGUUGUCAAAUUGAAAUAUUUUUGUAACACUUUUAUGAAAAAUAUGGAUUCUGUGGGACAAACUGAUGGCAAUGCAGAUGAUUUAAUCAUACAACAACAGCGGGAAAUUGAAAGAGAGAUCUCGGAUACAACUCCCAUGGUCAGUGAAGAGUUACCGUUAGCAUGUUUAAUUGCUGAAUAUGAAGGAAAUCCCGUGUUCACGGCCAAGAUAGAGAACCUAGCUGGAAAAUAUAAAUAUCUGCGACGCACACGACCCGAUGGCAAUUGUUUCUUUCGAUCUUUUGCUUAUUCAUAUCUCGAGCACUUGAUUUCCAAUAGCUUAGCUUAUCACAAAUUUCGAGUCCUUGCCGAGGGAUUUAAGGAUAAGCUCAUGCGCCUUGGAUUUCCAAGCUUUACCUUGGAAGACUUUCAUGCAACUUUCAUAGAUGUGAUCAAUCGUGUUUGUCCAGAUACUCCAGGAGGCAUUCAACGAGCUAGACAUGAAUUGCAUUGCUUGUUCAACAAUCAGGGUUACUCAGAUUAUGUCAUUGUUUAUCUGCGUCUCAUAACAUCAGGUCAACUCCAGGCGGAUGCUGAAUUCUAUCAGCACUUUAUCGAAGGUAAUCUAUCCAUUGAGGAGUUUCGACACCAAGAGGUUGAACCGAUGUUCAAGGAAUCCGAUCACAUACACAUCAUUGCGUUGUGCGCAGCGUUGGGAGUCGGAGUGAGAGUUGAGUACCUCGAUCGGGGAGAAGGUGGAACGGUGAAAACUCAUGAUUUCCCCGAAGGAUGCCAGCCAAUGGUUUAUCUCAUUUACAGACCUUCACACUACGAUAUACUCUAUCCGAAGUGA